AUGGAUCCUUACUUAUUAAUUUUGAUGUACGUCAGCAUGAUACUGAUCCUGUGCGCGAAGGUAAUUUCAUUAAAAUACUCAGACGCGUCGGCGGAAAAAAUCUUCGAGAAGGUGUCAUCGGACUUUAAUUUCCAGCCGACGUUUCUGGAGAUUUACGAGCAGUCGACUCGAUCAAAAUGCAACAGAUUGAUUUUAAUGAGGCCUUACGAAUGGGCCUUCUGGGCGGUCAAUGGUCAGUGCUUUGUUUUAAACGCACUCAAAGAGUUUGACUGUCCUAGCAGAACAUCUCCGACGCUAAUUUUCGACGCUCUAACUACUAAAUUGUCCGAUCCUAACAUUGUUUGCCUCCCCGUGGAAUACGAUGUCGUUAAAAGUGAAUACAGCUCUUACGGGCCGCCGAUUAUUAAUUACUUUAAUAUUGAAGACGUACAAAAUCACGGACGGUUCACUAUUUACGAUGCGCUUAAUUAUUUGUUGAAAAAUUAUAUUGAGAUUAAUUUGGAUCCUAAUAAUGUGCAUCCUGCUAAUAAGAUUAUGAUUGAAAUUAUUGAGAAGAGGGAAAAAAUUGAUCUUACACCUCAGGAACUUCUGAGUGUUAAAAAAAAAGUUAAUUCUAAUUUUAAAGAGUUUCAACGUAAAUUAAAAUACGGACUAAUAAAAACAAUAGUUUGA